AAGCGCAGGACUGCGUUGACAACCCGCCGAAUGGUUGUCAUUUGCCGCUAAAAAUACGUUUUGUAGCCCAGUCAACGUGCUUAUCUGGCCUACAUUUGAACUUUAAAUAUGUAUGUGAAUUAAUAUCUGUCUCAUAGCAAAUGUACAUGUGUAUUUAAGUUUCGCUAUGCUCUGACACAUUACACAUGACAGGAUGUUGGUUUGCUACAGCAGCAGCUCGGAGGAAAGUGAGGACGCAGUACCGACUGAUGAAAACAACAGUUUUUCUCGAAAGUGUCAAGAGGAAGAGGAUGGUAACAACGGUGGCCCAGCGAGGAAGAAACACAAAAUUGAGCAACAGGCUCCUAAAUCAAGGCUUCCUCUCCCUGGCUGCCUGUUGGCCAUGUUUCCAGAUGAAGAGGACGCAGAGACUGAAGACAGCUCUCUUCAUGGUGGACGCAUCCGCUCCUUCAAACAUGAGAGAGGCAACUGGGCCAGUUACGUUUAUUUACCAUACCAUCCUGAGGAGGAGUUCAUGGAGUUGUUGGAGGAUCUGCUCUCGUUUGCCAGUGCCCAUGGAGCGGUUUUGACCCUGCAGGAGGAGUUCCACCUCAGCCUGUCUCAGACGGUGGUGCUCAGACACCACUGGAUCCAACCCGUCACCCAGAGCCUGAAGGCAGGUCUGAUGCACUGCAAGAGGUUUCUGUGCACAGCAGGGAGACUGAGGGUCUACUGUAACGCUGAGAGGACCAGGACGUUUCUGGGGAUGGAGGUGUGCGCUGGGCAUGCUCAGUUAAUGGACCUGGUCCAUGAAGUGGACAAAACCAUGACGGAUUUUCACCUGGACACCUUCUAUAAGGAUCCUUCUUUCCAUGUGAGUCUGGCCUGGUGUGCUGGAGACCUGACGGGACAGAUGAAGGAGGGGUGCAUUCAGGGGAUGCAGAGUCUGGUUGAUAACCAUGAAGAAGGACCAUUCGUGCUGCAGUUGGACUGCGAGGAGCUGCGCUUCAGAACAGGAAACAAAACCUUCCGCUUCCCUCUGAAGCCCUGAAAGUGGAUACAUGAAAACCUUGACGUCCUAAGAUUGACAGCUGUUUUCUUCUGACACACUACAGAGCUGGAACACUUAAACCCUCUUAGUAUUGACACUGCUGGCAGAUAUGUGGCAGGUCCAAACAACGACAAUCAAGGCUCCCUAGAGUGGUGCAGUGGUGAUGUUUUUUUGUAGGCUCCACAUAUUUACACCACUUUAAGCAUAAAUUAAAUUUGCAGAAGUAAAAAGCUAUAGUUAGGCUAUAAAGGAGCUACAUCACCGUCGCGUGAGAUCACGUCACCACCGCUAAGCUCAAGGCGGCUUAUGUUCAGCAUAAUGACAGUCAGUUGUCUUUUUUUAGUCUCUUUAGCAACCGCUGUUUUUAUGAAGUUUUGGACAUUCAGGUAUAGGGUAAUUAUUAUCUAGGUAUAGUGGUUUUAGAUCAGGACCUGGUCUAAUGUGGUCUACAUGUAAAAAAAGCACUGAAAUCUCCCUUUUUUGUAUUUUCACAAAUAGAAUUAAGGUUUCACAAAUCUCAAAACUGUGUUA